AUGGGUGCUUCUUUCUUCUAUAAGCUUUUCUCGUCCACCGUUGGCAGCAUGCCCGCACAGUACGACCCAGACGUGGAUAGUUGGUGGGGAAUCGUCCUCACAGAAUUGGGGUCUUUAGAUCCUUUCCGAGAGGAAAACAUCUCCUAUCUCCUCGUGAAGUUCCUCUGCACCGCUCUUCUCGCUUUGUUCCUCUGGGCUUUGAGUUUAUGCAAUACCUACAAAAAUAUAAAGAAUCAGCGAGAUGAGGCGAGAGAAGACUCGAGAAAGGGGGCGUACGAGUGGUGUGAUCUCCACUUGAAGCUCAGAGACACGGAGAACGAGCUCUACCACGCGAACGAGAAGCUGCAAGACGCUGACAGCGAUAUGUGCGAAGAACGAAAAGGACUUCGCGACACCAUCCAGGGGCUGAAUGACCAACACCUGGUUUAUCAAGAAGAGAUCCGCUCUCUGGAACAAGAUGUGUGGAACACCGAGAGCGACCGUGAUGGGUACAGUAGGCAGGUGGUCCAGGUCUCAAAGGAGAAUGAGAAGCUCAAGCGGGACUUGUCCAAAGGGAACAAUCAACUUAGCCUGGCUCAGGCUGAAGUACAAACGCUCCAGGAGAACCUGUCCGAAGUGAGACGCCAACGUGACCUGGCUCAGGGUGAGAUGGAAACGCUCAGCAUGCAGGUGGAGCCCCAGCAUGGACAGGCCACACCCGUCGUCGCAACGCUCAAAGCUCGACCCAAGCCCACGCAUCGACGAACCCAACGACCGUCUUCGUUGCCGAAACCCCACAGAGAGCUCUUACUCAAGGGGUCUAAAGCCGCCGAAUCAAAGCAGACAGUCGGAGAGAAGACCCCAGAAGCACUUGCGCUGGAGGCAUCUAUAACGGCCAAAGAUCAGAAGAUCAAUGAUCUCGAACAAGAGAAAGAAACGUUGACUGCACAGAUUGGUGGGCUGCGUAUUGAUCUUGAGAAACUAAGCGACGAGCAUAACGAGCGCAGUGAGCAAUUUGACACGCAGUUAGCCGAGAAGGACGGAGAGAUUAGGAAACUUCAAGCUGAAAAGACCACAGCAGACAAGGAUUCAGCCGGGACUAUUGCUACUCUCCGGACAGAGCUGGGGGAGAAAGAGAAAGAAGUUGCAGAUCUUGAGGAGGCGAACGACACAUUGGUCGCCGAGGCAGCUCCUUCUGCGGAUACUGUCCAGCGUCUGAACACAUUGAGUAAUGAGCUUGAGGAGUCUCGACUUGCUCAUGGCCAGUGUGAUGAGGACUCAACUCGCCAGAGUUCCAGAAUUGACCAGCUGGUGACCGCAAAAGAGCAGCUGGAGGAAGUGCUUGAAGUCAGGGACCGCGAGAUUGGCAGUCUUCAGGGGCAAGUCACUCACUUUGACAGCGUGCUGAAAGAACUACAAGAGAUACACGCGAAAUGUGGCGACCAUACGAAAACACAGGACCUGGAAAUCAUGCAACUUCGCAACGCAAGCGGACCACUCCAGGAUUCCAACAACAGCUUACUGCAACAGCUUGGAACAGCAAGAGCUCAACAUGCAAACCUGAUUGGAGAGGGUCAACAAGUGCAGAACCAGAAUAAAGCGUUGAUAGACUUGCAGUCAAGCAGCCAGAGAGAAAUCCGGUCGCUGCAAGGGCAAAUCGAGGCCUUGAAUCAGACGGUCGAUCAUCAGCAACGACGCAUCCAAAGUUUGGAAACCAACUGUCCAAACUGCCAGAAACUGAGAGAAGCUCUUGAUGAGCUCUUAAAAGACGCUAACAUGUCUGACGACGCUGCUAGGGUCGAAAUGAGGAGAGAAGUUGAGGAGAGUGUCCGCGCGCAGCUGAGAUCUCAAGUGGGAGAUGACCUUCGGCGGCAGAUUAGAGGCGAAGUCGAGCGUGAAGUGCGCGACGAGUUCCAAAAUCAUUACCGCGACGUGCUCGCACUCAAUACGAAGAGAAUCCGAGAGCAAAAUGCCCUGCUUUUGGAGAAGGAUGCAAAACUGGAGGAGGCCAAGAACGCUCCCACCAUUGAUCACGCAGCGUUUGAGAAGGAAGCCAACCUACAGUCAACCAUAAUUAAGUUGGAACAAAACGCGAAAAUAGCCAAAGCGAACAACUCUCGAUUGACUGGUGAAGCAAAACAUUACCGCCAGCAGUUCGAGCAAGCGCAGCCGGCUACCGAGGAUCUGAGGAGCGAGCUUGAACAAAUCAAGGCAGAUCAGCGACGCGCUCAGAACGUUAAUCCUCUGCAGAGCAAACUCCUCACGUGUCAGCGUGAGUUGGAAAACAUGAAGGUGGAUCGGAACAAAGCUAGAGAUAACUGCAGCACAUAUUCGAACCAAAUUUCAAUCCUGAGGAAAGGAUACGAGGCAUUGGAGAAUGAGCUUGUAGCGUUCCGAGAGAAGAGCUCCAUGAAUAGCGACAGCACAAUGAACGACGGACGCACCGAAGAGCCUAUCGCAAUCCAAAAGGAGCAGCAGACGGCUGCCUCUGCCAGCGAUAAGAGCACAGAGCCUGCAUACAAGCCUGCUCAUAGAUUCGGUCGUCGACCUGCGCGCCUACCAGCGCACCAACCCACGAGGAAGCCUGUCCUCGGAGAAGGAGCAGGAGUGAAGAGAGAACAUGAUGAAUGCUCGGACGGAGAGGCGGAUGACGAGGGGGACGAUGACCGAAAGAAGGCCAAGAUUGAGAGGGGAGGAUGUCUUGAAUAG